UGUUUUUAAGGUGUUAUCAGGUAUUUACUGACUAUUUUUCUGCCGUGUCCAUGUUUCUUUGACCUCCAAGUGCAGGUGAUAUCCACUGUUAGAUAACCAUUUGGGUUGUAGGUAAAGUUAGACUAUGUUGUUAAAAGUGGCUGAUGAGUUGCACAGCGUCUGAAUAAGCGACCCAACUUCACUUCGGUCCUGACAUGGCCAGCUUUAAAAGACUCCCUCUGAACUCUACCAUCAGGUGGUUAUGCUCACGGUACACUACCUCAGUGACUGUAAUUACGAGGGUAGAGAGAGGCUCUCUAGCAUGUUCAGGACACAUUGCCCAGUGCCGUUUCGUUCAUAGCAGUGGAACUGGAGCUAGCCAGGCCAGCCCAAACGCUACACCACAACGGUUACCUUUCUCCCGCAUUUCUCCGGAGGACCUGACGUUCUUCCGACAGCUUCUUCCAGGAAGGGCCAUAACUGACCCGGACAUGCUGGAGUCCUGCAAUGUCGAUUGGCUCAAAUCAGUAAGAGGGAAUAGUGAGGUACUUCUAAGACCCAAGACAACAGACGAGGUCUCUCAGAUUCUAAGGUACUGUAAUGAGAGGAACCUGGCAGUCAAUCCACAGGGUGGAAAUACAGGCUUGGUUGGGGGAAGUGUCCCAGUGUUUGAUGAGAUUGUCCUGUCCACUGCACUGAUGAACCAGGUCCUCACCUUCGACAGUGUGUCAGGUAUUCUUACCUGCCAGGCAGGCUGUGUGCUGGAAACUUUAUCUCAGUAUCUUGAGGAGCGAGACUUCAUUAUGCCUCUGGACUUGGGGGCAAAGGGCAGCUGUCACAUUGGGGGAAAUGUGUCCACUAACGCUGGAGGCCUCAGACUGCUGCGCUACGGGUCCCUGCGCGGGACUGUGCUUGGCCUGGAAGCGGUCCUGGCUGAUGGGAAGGUUUUGAACUGUUUGUCUACUCUUCGUAAGGAUAACACAGGUUAUGACCUGAAGCAGUUGUUCAUUGGCUCAGAGGGGACAUUAGGGAUCAUUACAGCUGUGUCUAUCCUGUGCCCGCGCAAACCCAAAGCUGUCAACGUGGCAUUUUUAGGGUGUUCCAGUUUUGAGGCUCUGCUGGAGACGUUUCGGUGCUGUCGGGGAAGGCUGGGAGAGAUCCUCUCUGCAUUUGAGUUUUUAGAUGCUGCCUGCAUGAAUCUGCUAGUGAAACAUCUCAAACUCAGCAACCCCAUUACAGAGAGCCCAUUCUAUAUUGUCAUAGAGACGGCUGGAUCAGACGCUGCCCACGAUGAGGAGAAACUUCACAACUUCUUAGAGGAGGUAAUGACGUCAUCACUGGUGACUGACGGCACAGUUGCAACAGAGGAAGCAAAAAUUAAGGCUCUUUGGUCCCUGAGGGAGAGAAUCACAGAAGCUCUGACUCACGAUGGAUACACGUAUAAAUAUGACAUUUCUCUCCCUGUGGAAAAAAUCUACCAACUAGUCACUGACAUGAGGGAGCAUUUAGGAGACAGAGCAAAGAAUGUGGUUGGCUACGGACAUGUUGGUGAUGGAAAUCUUCACUUAAAUAUCACCUCACCUUCUAAAGAUCCAUCUUUGCUUGCCGCAAUUGAGCCCUAUGUGUAUGAGUGGACGUCGUCGUGUCAGGGUAGCAUCAGCGCUGAGCAUGGACUGGGUCUAAAGAAGAGAAACUAUAUCUACUACAGUAAAUCCUCAGAGGCUGUGGGCCUUAUGGGUGACAUAAAAGCCAUGCUGGACCCUAAAGGCAUCCUCAACCCCUAUAAGACUCUGCCUGAUGAUCUUCACUCAUGAACCCUGUGGAGAAAAACCAGGCCGGUCACACUUCAGCUUCACACAGAGCAUAUCUGCAGUAUUUGGAAAUUUUGACUUUUCACUCCAUUCUUUAGAGUAGUGACAAGUCAGAGUAAAAAAUGCUAUAGGUCACUACUUUGACCCUAACCUUGAGCUGGAGAAGUGUUGAUUAUUUACCAGUGAUUAAAAAUUCUGGCUUUUUUCAGUUAGAGAAUUAUGAGGCAGAACCAGAAACACUAUUAAUAUUAUCACUAUCAGUAUUAAGACAGGUGGAGUUCAAGCUCGAUAAAAUCAUGGAUAGGCUUCAAAUCAAAUGCCUAUUAUAAGUGCUGUUAAUUAAACUGAACCAGUGGCUUCAGCCAUAAUUUGAGGAUGAUAGAACAGUUGUUUCCUUUGUGCUACUGAGACAGAAAAAAUAAACAGCAGUGUACUGAAGAGUGGAGGUGUAUAUUAAGCCUGAGAGAGAUUCUCAAAUCCAUGUUUAAGUAACCCAGCAUGAGACUUUAAUGUAAUUUGACUUGUAUACACUUUUGAUUUUUGUCAAGAAAUUCUUUGCCGACAUUUGUGAAAUCCAUUCAGAAAAUGAAAAAAAAACAAA